AUGUACAACUGGAUUCGUUGUACCCUCAAGACCAUAUUCUUCAUUGCAAGCAACAUUUAUGCCUUGCCAUGCUACAUGGUGUGGAUGACAUUGCUGACCCCCCUGAGGUUCCUGGCACCCAGUGUCUACUGGAGGAUAGAGGCUUUCAUGUUCAGGAUGCUGCAGUGUAUGGUCGUCACCUGGCUGGAUCCGGCUGGCUACAAAGUUCUGGAAUGUGGAGAUGACAUCAGGCUGCUGCAAGAUGAAGCAGCCAUCAUCCUCUGCAACCAUCAGUCCACGGCGGACACCCCAAUCGUUAUGUUGGCAAGCUACAACAAGGGCAUGGCUGCAGGCAACACUAUGUGGAUUAUGUUCAUUCUCUUCAAGUACACCAAUUUUGGCUUGAUUUCCUGGCACAGAGAAGAUUUCUUUAUAGACCAGGGCCGAGAGGUACGUAACUUACAAUUGGAGAAACUCAGGGAACAUCUGAUCCAGUCUUAUCUGCCACAUAAACGCAAGUGGAUUAUUGUGUUUCCAGAGGGAGGUUUUCUGCACAAGCGACUGGAAUCUAGCCAGAAAUAUGCCAAAAAGUAUGGUUUUCCAGUUCUUAAGCAUACAACUUUACCUAGAAUUGGAGCUAUGAAGACUAUUCUAGAUACAGUUGGAGAACCUUAUACAGGUUCAGAGGACAGCAAAACUUUACCGUCACCAAAUUGUAAAGAUGACCAUCAGAUUGAAGAUUCCUCCCGUCCAUUGAAGUGGAUUAUCGACAUCACUCUUGCCUACAAAGAUGGACAGCCUCUAGACAUGUUGGGCAUGUGUUUAGGCAUCUGCCCACAGAAAGAUAUUCUCCUGCACUACAGAGCUUACAGGGCCAAAGACAUUCCAAGAGAUGAGGCUGGCUUGACUCGCUGGCUGUACGACCGCUACGAGGACAAGGAGCGGGUGCUGGAUUACUAUUACAAGUAUGGACAACUCCCAGAGGACGUACUCAACAAGCAGCACCUUCUGCCACAGAUGAACAUGUCCUAUUUAAAGUUUGACAUCAUUCAGCAGAUACUUAUACACACCUUUUGUCUGGUAUCCUGUUAUGUGCACUAUAUUUUCAUUCUGAAACCAGUUAUGGCCGUUGUUUACUACUUCUUGAGUUUUAUUUUCUAA